AUGUCCUCAAAAAGAAAGGCAAAGGAUGCUUUUGGCAAAAAUCUGCAACCGCAGCUGAGCGCCUUUGCCGCGGCCAGAGCGCAACAACCACAGUCAACUAUGAAGACAACUGCGAACGCGGACGUAGAAACGAUAAAGCGACAAAAACAGCAAGUUACGGUAGAGACAUCGUCUGGUCCUGAAAGGUCAGCUCCACUCCGCACUCGAGAAGCUUCGAUUGUUACAGCUCGACCGAAGCCGGUAGCUGCCUCGAAGAUAUUCCAAGUCCUGCACGACGACCACGACAGCCUUGAGAUUAAUCUGCGAGCUGGUGAGAGUGCUGUCUUCACAGGCGAAUAUGAUGUGCAGGUCAUCAAGGGUGUGGUCGACAUUCAUGGAGCAGUCUUGCUUCCACAAACUGCGCGGCAACGUGUGUAUGCUAUCAGUGCACAUGCGCUUCCAGUCAUACUCAGCCGAGCGGAGGAUACUGUCGUUCGCAUAACCUCCGUCAAGUCGCAAUUACAAGCACUUGAGAAAUAUUCGACACUGUAUCGAAAUAUCUGGGCAACAACGACAACGUCUUCCGGUGCAGCGCAAGAUGGCAGGCAAUCACGCUCAUUCGCUCCGGUACCACUGACAGACGACAACGCAUCCUCUCGAAUACCGUCUGUGAACGCUCUCGAUAUCGUUCCAGAAACACGGAAACUCUUGUCCAGCAUCAACGGCAAGAUCGAUUCUGUCGAGUACUCCCGUCGGCCUAUCCGCAUUAUGACCAUCGGUCCCAAGUCCUCAGGAAAGUCCACUCUCAGCCGUGCUUUGGUCAACUCAAUUCUCACACGCCCGAAGAAUGGAUCAAGAAGCUUGUACUAUCUCGAUCUCGAUCCCGGCCAGCCCGAGUUCGGGCCACCUGGACAUCUUUCUUUGAUCGAAGUUUCGGCACCACUCCUGGGGCCCUCCCUCAGCCAUCUCGCGACGAAUCCAGAAUCUGGCCAAGUAGCAUAUCGAGUACUUCGAUCGCACUCACUCGCGGCGAUGACUUUUAGAGAUUUUCCAGGCCACUAUAUCGACUGUGCCGUUGAUCUUGCCGACCGUAUUCCUCAGAAUGGCAAUAAUACCCCCCUUGUGGUGAACAGCUGUGGAUGGGUCAGCGGUGUCGGUGCGAGCGCUCUGCUGGAUCUCUGCUCGGCUUUACAUCUCACAGAUCUCGCUGUUCUGGGGCCUCUCGAAGAUGGACUUCGAGCUGCGUUAUCAGAAAGAGUCGAAACUGUUCACCAACUGCCUCGAUUAUCAGGCAAGCCAUCAAUACGAAGUCCCGCCGACCUACGAGCAAUGCAGAUGAUGUCGUAUUUCCACCAGCGCCAAAUCCAAAAUCACGAUUCAACUUCCAACAUUAUCGUCGGCUCUGCUUCAACCCUGCCCACAUGGCGCGACCGCCCCAUCAGCCAAUUCCGUCCCUGGACCGUCCAAUACGCCGGCCCCAACUCCGGCGUCGCGGCAAUCAUAUCCUACAGCCAGCCAGUUGCGCCAGCAUUCCUCCCAGAGGUGCUCAACGGCGCCAUCGUCGCCAUUCUCGUCCCGGAAGAUGACUCGACCUUCAAUUCAUCCUCCUCUUCCGAUCUCGAAACGGAGAUGGGAAUCGCACACACGGAGCAGGGAGAAAUUCCAUAUAUUCCCUUUGAUCGCAAUCAAGCUACGCCACCUGCACCGUUGGAUCCCCGACAGACAUCUUGCGUUGGGCUCGCGCUGAUCCGUUCGAUUGAUCACGUGGCUAAGACCUUCGAUCUCAUCACCCCAUUAUCAGAAGCCCGCGUGGCGGAGCUAUUGAGGACGAAGCGUAAGGUGAUGUUAGUGAGAGGUGGAUUUGACAGUCCUGACUGGGCGUAUCUGGAAGAUGGCAAUUCAAGUACGGAGAGGAGAGGGGAGAGGUCGAGAGUCAGAUUUGGCCUCGGCGAGAGGAAAGAGGGUGGUAGUGCGAGAGAAAGACCGUGGGUAAGCUUUAGGGAGCCGGUCGGUGUGGAGGGAAGUGUAUGGCGGUUGAGACAUCCUCCUACUGCUGCGGCCUUGGCAGGAGGGAAUAAGGGAAGCGAUAGGUGA